UGAGCAAGAGGAGGAAGGUGCGGGGCCGCGACGCGGCCGGCCACACGAGCGACGAGGGAGGCAGCAGGCGGACAUUCAUCUCUUCAGCUCUCGUAUUACCGUUAACAAUUUUUUCCCGCGACCACCAGUCCUCCGAGCGAUCCAAAAUGGUAAAGGAGGAACAUUCGGAGCCGGAGCAGAUGCGAAAACUGUUCAUUGGGGGCCUAGACUACCGCACUACCGAUGACAGCCUUAAGGCGUACUUUGAGCAAUAUGGCGAGAUUGUUGAUGUAGUAGUAAUGAAGGACCCAAAGACGAAGAGAUCAAGAGGCUUUGGCUUCGUUGCAUUUUCCCAAGCUUAUAUGGUGGAUGAAGCACAGAAAAACAGACCUCAUAAAAUUGAUGGUCGGUCAGUGGAUACAAAACGUGCAGUACCUCGUGAUGAAAUUGGGAAACCUGAAUCUGGUGUAACUGUGAAAAAAUUGUUUGUUGGUGGUAUUAAAGAUGACGUAGAUGAAGAUGAUCUGCGUGAAACAUUCAGCCAGUUUGGAGAAGUGGUAUCGGUCAGUAUCCCCACAGAAAAGGAGUCCCAGAAGAAGAGGGGCUUCGCUUUUGUGGAGUUUGAAGACUAUGAUGCCGUGGACAAAGCUUGCUUACACAAGAACAUCCAGAUGAAGGGAAAGCGCGUAGAUGUAAAGAAGGCACUGAGCAAGAAUGAAAUACAGAUGCAACAGCGAGGCCGCAUGGGAGGAAUGGGAGGUAUGGGACGUGGUGGUGGGAAUGGCCCAUGGGCUGGUAACAGAAAUGACAGCUGGGGGAACAAUCAAGGUGGUGGUUGGCAAGCUACGGAUGUUUCAGAUAACCGAAGCGGCUGGGGAAAUCAAGGCAAUUAUGGCACGCCUAACCAGGGAGGACCAGGCGGCUACAAUCAGGGUGGUGGGUAUGGCAACCAGGGACCAUGGCAGGGGGGUCCACCCAACAACCAGGGAUGGAAUAACCAAAACAACCAGGGAUGGAACCCUCAGGCCAGUAAUUAUGGUAGUACGCCAAACAACUGGGGUCAGGGCCCCAGUGACUUUGGCAACAAUUAUGGGCAAAGUUAUGGUGGUGGACCAAUGAGGAAUCAGGGAUAUGGACAGACGAACAGAACGGCCCCAUACAGUGCAGGUGGCAACAAUAAUGCAGGUAACAGUGGACCUAACAACUAUGGUGGUGGUGGGAGUGGAGGUGCGGUUGGGAUGAAUCAAGGACCCAACAGACGAUAUUAGACUUCGGGUACAUAGCAGGUUAGCCAUGCAGGCAGGCAGACAGGCAGGGCUUGAGUCAGGGCCCCAGACAGUCAGGAUAUGCUAGGACUGAGGCAGGCAAGCUGAGCUAGGGUCAUAGGGAGGCAGCCAGGCUCCUCGACACCCAAGAGCCAGUGCAAGAGAAACAUUCCAUUCGUCGCAUGGACUAGCCACUUGCCUCCUGUUCUAGGAGAAACAUGAACAUUUUUUGAAAAAAAAUAUUUUGUGCUUGCAUUUUAUAUAUUUAGGAUAAUGUGUAGUGUAAAUGAAUUGAAUAUUGAAUUGAACCAAAGCAUAGUCAGUUCUUUGUAAUAAUGUGUGUGCAGCAAUGUAUUUUCAUUUUACAAAUAAAUUAAUCCUAAGAA